AUGGCCAACUCCUCAUCCUCAAGUCUCAAAGACGGAGGUGAGAGCAGGUCGCGUCGUGCCUGGACGGUAUCUGCCGAGUCGGAUACGAUCGAAUCAUCGAGUCGGAGCAAUGGCCGCUCAUCGAUUGACUCUUCAGAACGGCCCAAGACACAGGCCGGAGAGGUUCCGGAUACCGCAAAGGCUGGUUCCAGCGGUUUUUCGAAGCUCCUCAAGCGUAGGCGGAAGAAGAAGAACCAGAAAAGCUCAGACGAACCCGAUGUGCCUGGCUCCAUUACAGAGCAGGAAUUGCAAGAAAUUCCCUCAAAUGGAUCUAACGGUGGCACAUCCGCAACGAACUCGGUAGCUCCCUCGUCUGUCAACAGCUCUGCUCCCCAGGAGAACGAAGUCAUCAAUCUGUUGACCGAUGAUUCCGAACCAGACAGAACUCCGCCGCUUACCUCUCACAACUCUCACACUGGCUUCUACACCUCCUCCUCCCCUCUCAUCGAGACCACCUCGGCGGAUGCCGCCCCCACUGCCGAUGCCGACGACGCGCACGCAGAUGGUGAAUCAGCAGUCAGCGGUCCAAGUGCAACCGGAUCGGAAUCGAAUACAGCUGAAAAUCACCCGAGAGCAAACAGUGUCCCGGGUAUGACGCUGGGCGUCCCAGCUGAUCCCAAUGGCAAGCGACGUAGCGCUUCACCAGGCCGACGAUUAAAGGAUGCUUUCGUUGUGCCCGAUAAAAAGGCUUCCACUGAGGAUCUUGAAACGGCCUCAUCGAAGUCCGGCAACAGUAGAAGCGGCAGGAGUCUGUUUAGUAGCCGACGCAGCAGCUUGUCUUCCAAACGGGCGCAAACGCACGCAUCUCAGGAUGCUCCUCCGCCUCUUCCUAGUCCGAUACAGACCAAAUCUCCAAGUCUCGAUACGAAGCUGGAUAAUCCGCGCUCUUUGCAAGCCAGUCCGUUGCCGAACACACCUCCCCAAACAGCCAUUCCUUUCCCGGCGCCGGCGACUACCGUAACUCCUCCGACUCCGACUGAACACCGACCCUCCACCUCUCAAAUCUUAGCCUCGGAUAUCAUGGAUUCGCCUGAAUCUAUUCCUGGCCGAAACUCUAUCUCUGGAACCGGCAUCACGGUGAGUCCCUCUGGCAACAUGAUAUCCCAUCGCCGAGUUCGAUCUGCUUCUGCGGCUCACGGCCCAAGCAAGUUAUCCACUUCCAUGUCGACAUUAACUCCCCUGGAAGAAGCAAAGACCCCUAAGGCCACGUCUGGUCAACAGGGUGGGUUUUUCUCCUCGAUGUUCUCUGCCGCCCAAAAUGCCGCAUCCUCCAUAACCAAUACGCUAAACGCCCCGCAAAAAAAUCGCAAUGUGUCCCAGACGGGAACUAUUGUCCCUAGCGACUACCAGGCGGAAGCUAGUACGGAAGAUAUCGGUUCUCCCAGAGGGGUUAUCAGGAAUAACGGCGAUGAUUCUGAACCCAGUACCGUGCAGACUCUUGGGGCUGGCGAUCUUAACUUCGGUCAUUUGGAUGUGGAUGCACCGGCGGGCGAGGUAAUUUCUACUGCCGAUGGUGUAGUAGUCACAAAGCCAGAGACACCAUUGGGUGAUAAGCGCAAGAACACGACUGUAUACAGACGAGACGAGGAGGCUGCCAAGCUAGAAGACAAACGUGCGGCGCAGGCAGUGCAUAUGGCAUACGAAAGGCCACUUGACUCAUCCCUUUUAGGCUCUCCUGGUGAUGAUGUAAUUGAAUCUCAAUCUACGAUAUCGCUACCUAGAGAUGGUGUCCUUACUGGAGACCAUACUCCCCCGACUGGGAGUAUCAUCGAUGGUGAUAUUGGUAGUGGCAUGCGGCGCACCGGUAGCGUGCGUAGUCGACUUGCACGUCGACAUCGAGGCUCGUCCGGUGCAACCACGUCAACAAUUGGAGCGAUUGGUGCCAGUGCUAUCAACCUUGGCAUCCCUGGGGUCAAUUCGAGUGUCCCUCGGUUGACCGGCUUUGCCGUCGCAAGUAAAAAGCGCAACCGGGAUUUCCAUCAAUUAUUUAGAAGUGUACCAGAGGAUGACUACCUGAUUGAAGAUUACAGCUGUGCGCUCCAGCGUGAAAUCAUUUUGGCUGGUCGUAUCUAUAUCUCUGAAGGCCACAUAUGUUUUUCCAGCAACAUUCUGGGUUGGGUGACUACCCUAGUCAUUAGCUUUGAUGAAGUAGUGGCCAUCGAAAAGGAAAACACCGCCAUGGUAUUCCCGAACGCGAUCGCUAUUCAAACACUCCAUGCCCGUCACACUUUCCGAAGUCUACUGAGCCGUGAAUCAACUUAUGAUCUUAUGGUCAACAUUUGGAAAAUCAAUCAUCCUUCACUGAAGAGCUCUGUGAAUGGCACAAGAGUCACAGAUGGCACCGGUGACAAGACAGAGAAGGUUGGCGCAGGCGAAGAUGAAAGCGACACUGAAAGCGAUGUCUCGGACGAGGAUGAGAUUUAUGAUGAGGACGAAGAAGGCGACCACGCUGAGAGUUUCUUUGGGGUUGGGGCCAGUGCCAAUGCCAGUGAAAAAUCAUUGCCCGCGAAGAAUGGUCUGAGUCGUCAGCCUUCUGGGAUAUCUAGAAACGGCAAUUCACCGAGCGGACCAAACUCUGGUGGUGAAGCCAAGGCAAGUUCUCCCAAAGAAAACGACUUCCCUGGUCCAUCUACACAUGCUCCCACCGAAUACACAAAUGGGGACGGUCAAUAUGAAAAGGUUAUCAAGGACGAGGUUAUUCCCGCACCUCUUGGCAAGGUCUAUUCCCUUGUUUUCGGCCCAGCGUCAACGGAUUUCAUGACCAAGUUCCUCGUGGAUAACCAAAAGUCUGGAGAGCUUCAGUUUGAGGGAACUGCAAAGGGACUUACCAACGAAAGUCGGGUCCGGAAGUACUCCUACAUCAAGCCCCUGAAUGCUCCCAUCGGCCCGAAGCAAACCAAGUGUAUCAGUACCGAAAACCUGGACUUUUUGGAUUUGGAGAAAUUCGUUCUUGUCACCCUGACCACUCAAACCCCCGAUGUCCCCAGUGGGAAUGUUUUUGCUGUAAAGACCAAAUAUCUUCUGACAUGGGCUCCCAACAACCAUACUCGCUUCCUAAUGACCUGUAACAUCGAAUGGACAGGCAAAAGUUGGCUAAAGGGUCCGAUUGAAAAAGGUGCCAUUGAUGGACAGACCACCUUUGGAACCGAAUUGAUCAAGACUCUCAAGGCAGGCGUUGUUCCCCGUGGGAAAACCCCCGGCGGCGGACGAGGAAAGGGACGUCGCAAGAAGGGUGAUACCGAUGCUCAGGAGUCGUCUGCAGCGGCAUCAAUCAAAGCCACUGCGGAUGCCAAUUCAAAUCAAACUGAGUCUUGGGGUCUACUCGAGCCAUUGCGACCUAUCCUGGAGCCUUUCACAGGCAUGCUCAAGCCGCUUUGGAGUGGGAACAUCGCAAUUUUGCUUGUUGGGCUCCUACUUUACCUGCUAUUCUUCCGUGCACCCUCAACCCCAUCCAUGCUUGGAAACAGUGCAGGCUGUCCAGGACUAAGUCUGCCGCAACGGCUAGCUGCAUAUGAUGAGAUGUGGCGGCGUGAAGAGAGCGAGCUCUGGAAUUGGCUCGAAGAUCGUGUUGGCAUGGACGGAAUGGUCUUUCCAGCUCUCCACCAUAGAAUGCCGGAGCCAAAUCAUAAAACCCCUCGCGUGAAUGUUGGUGAUGAACGUGAGCUCAUCGCCCGACUUCGCGAAGAGAAGGUUUCGGACCGAGAAAUGGAUCAUGCCAUUCGCACAACACGUGAGAGACUUGACAUUCUCGAGGAAAUGAUGAACAAUCGCAGAGCGGAUUACGUUCCCGAAGAGCCUCUUAAGUCAGAGCUGUGA